AUGUCCUCCGCUACUUCCACAAGCACCGCGUCUGCCCCAUCCAGUACUUCUACUGGAAGUUCGGGAGGGGGAGGCGGCCCAAGCAGCUCGCCUUUACUUUUUUUUGUUGCCCUUGGAUUUGGCGUUGUCUUUACGAACUUAUGGAUUAUUGUCGGCGUGAAAUAUUGCUUUCGAUAUAAUCAGCGAAAUCGGUUAUUACGAAACGAGGAAACAGGGGAGCCUAUUGAUUUAGCGACUGUUCCCCGGCCGCACAGGAGAAGAAGGGAAAAGAAGUUGAUGUCUAUGGAAGAUGUAAACGAACGAUUUCCACUUACGAAAUACAAAGCUUGGCGAGCAUCUCGCGCUGACGAGGGGCUUCCGAGCGAAGGAGGAAUUUCUGCGCCUUCCGACAGACCUGAAACACCCAAGGCUGGCGAGAGUGAACAAACUCACCUUGAACACGCAUCCGUCGUACAACCUGGUGUUGAAGCUUAUUCGGUUCCUUUAAAAGACCAUGAGCGAAAUGAUUCGACUAUAAGCGAAGAGCCGUUUAGUCCUGUUGCCGAGCAAUUAACGGUGUCGGCUCAUUCAAAAGAAAGGCCCAGUUCUGAUAUCCAGCCGAAUACUGAACAUGCCGAUGCUGCACCAGCCACAAGAGCCCCAGACGACACUAACAACACUGAAGUACGGAAUGAUGAAGACCUCCAAGAGGGAGAGGAGAAUGACGAUCCAAUUCAAGGCGCUGUUCCAGCUGAGUUGCUUCCUAGUCCUGGUGACUCUUGCGCAAUUUGCCUUGAUCUUCUAGAAGAUGACGAUGAUGUCCGUGGUCUUACAUGCGGCCAUGCUUUCCACGCUUCCUGUCUGGAUCCUUGGUUAACAAGCCGUCGUGCUUGUUGCCCUCUCUGCAAGGCCGACUAUUAUGUUCCUAAACCACGACCGGAGGGGCAGCCAGCAAUCCCGGAAACUGAUAGACAAGGGCGUCGUACAGCAGGCCGAACUGUUGUUAUUGCAUCUCCACAACCGGCUUUUUUCGCAAACCGUUUGCAUCAAUUCAGAACAAGGUCUUAUUUUGCCGGGCGACCAUCCGCCGUGCCACCCAGGUCAGAGCCCGGGACUGUUCGGCAAGAUAUGGAUUCGGGAACACAGACCCUACCAAACGAUCAUAACGAGUCACAGUCACGAGUUCGAGCCUGGAUCCCGAGGCUAAAUAUUCCAGGUGUCUCUCUCCCACGUCGAACGCCCGCCUCUGCCGACGCUCGCACACCUGGCCAACUGGAAGCCGGAUCAGCGUCGUGA